AUGUCCUCUAUUUACCGCACGCGGGAUGAUCUAAGGGAUUGUGGAACUAUUCCUGUCGAAAACUACGAAACAAUAGCGGAGCGCCUAGUCAUAACCUGCAAACGUCACACAGAUCAUAGGCGGCGCAGAAAAGGAGGGCGAGCGCCUCAAGAUCUGAGGACAAAAUACCAGGAGAGCAAAGCACAAAAAUCAUAUUCCAAAGUUCUCGAGGAUGACCCACAUAUCUUCAUUCCUUUUAUUAUCGAUAUUUCACCAAGGAUUUGUGAAUCUUUCGACGUUUCGAAAUUCUGUGAAACCCAUAUAGAGCGACAGGAGAUUGGUUUUGAUGAGAAGACAAAGUCCUUUCUUGAAGAGACUGCCCGAAGAAAAGGCAUUGACGAGAGCCUCCCGUUCAAGAAGUUGAUGCGUUUCCUCUUUCCUCUCAGAACGCCGCGACCAAUUACUGGGGCUGAGACUCAAGACCACUAUGCAUAUUAUUUGGCGGAGCUGACAUCGAUUCGCAACUUUUUUGGUGACCGAAUCUAUGAGGCCGUUAAAACCUCGGCAACACGCAUUAAAGAAAAUGACCUGAAUCCCGAGCGCACAACAACCGAGAGCGUCUGGACAAAAAUACCGCGUGCGGAUAAUGAAGACGCUAUCGUUCACCUCGACGUUGGAGGAGCUUUCGAGCUCGCAAGUGAUUUAUUCCCUCAAGCAAGCCAGAUGGUCUCCUCAGCCCUCUCGACCCAUCGUUUUGCGCCAGGAAGCAGUGCUUUGCAGGCUGACGCAGAUCUUUCAGAAAUUCCAGGCGCAUUGAAUGAAUAUGGUGAGUACAUGUACGCCAGUCCGGCUCUCGGAACAAUCAUUUGCUGA